UUUGUACCCCUCUUUGGGCUCUCACAUUGGCUUUGUUGUUGUGAAUGUGAAACUGAAUUGGUGUGUAUUCAUUCUGUUUCAGGAGCAGAAAGUGUGGUUUAUGAAGCUGUUUUGGAUGGAAACAAGGUUGCUAUGAAAAAACCCAUUUUGUCUACCUCUGAUCACAUUGAUAAAUUCCACAAGGAAUUGCAAAUGCGAUGCAAGUUAGAUCAUCCAGGAAUUGCCACAUUGGUUGCAGCACAUGCAAAGCCUCCAAAUUACAUGUUUUUCUUCAAAUUCUACGAGUCCCUAAAUUUGGCAGAGAAACUACACGUGGAAGAGUGGAAUCCAACUUUUGAUCAAGUGCUCACCAUCUCAGUCCAGUUAGCUAAAGCUCUGCAACAUCUACAUAAACUUGGGAUUGUACACAGGGAUGUAAAACCAGCAAAUAUUCUUGUAAAGGCCAUCUACAUAAGCUUAUUGUUUUGUUUUGUUUUGUUUCUGAUCUUUUUGUGGGUAAGAUUUUGUGUUUCCGCUGCAAAUCCUCACAGCUCGUCUGCACCAACAGGUUUCCCGUCCUUGAUACAGAGAUGUUGGGAUGCAAACCCCCAAAAUAGGCCUUCUUUUGAUGAUAUUAUUCUGGAACUUGAUCCCAUCUUGGAAUGCAGAAAGAGAGUAGAGGAAGACAAAAAGGAAAAGGCACUUGUUGACCCCUCUAUCCCUCUUGGUGAUGAGGGCAUCCCGAGCCUUCUUGCUUAUCAAAAAAGUAUUAACUGGUUUACUGAGGAUGAAAACCUGUCAAAGAGAUCUUGUCUCGCAGCUGAUUCUGGUGUCAGAAUUUGGCCUGAUCCUUUUACUGAUCCUUCAGCAUACCAUCCAGUGUUGUCUUGGGGAUCCUUCGGUACUUGUGGGAGAAGGGAGACAAUGGAGGACACUCACUUUCUUAUGCCCCAUAUGUGCGGUGAGAAGGAUAUCCAUGUGUUUGGAAUCUUUGAUGGUCAUCGAGGUGCAGCAGCUGCUGAGUUUUCUGCUCAAGCUCUACCAGGAUUUUUGCAAAGUCUUGGUUCCAUAAAAAGUCCGUCCGAUGCAUUACUAGAAGCAUUUGUCAAGACAGAUGUUGCAUUCAGGAAUGAAUUGGAUUCCCAUCGUAAAUCUAAGGGAGUUAUUCAGAAAGACUGGCAUCCUGGUUGCACAGCCAUUGUGGCUCUUAUAGUCAGAAACAAGCUUUUUGUUGCUAAUGCUGGCGAUUGCAGGGCAAUGCUAUGCCGAGCUGGCAGUGCUUAUGCUCUAAGUAAGGAUCAUGUUGCAAGUUGUCCUGAGGAGAGAGAACGUAUUAUCAGUGAAGGGGGACAGGUCAAAUGGCAAGUUGACACGUGGAGGGUUGGGCCUGCUGCUCUCCAGGUUUUCUUCUUAUCCUUUGCUUAACGAUAUUCUAGAAAAAUGUGUAGACUAUUGUCUUCUAAUAUGGUUGUCUAUUGUGAGGAAGUAUAUAAUAUAAACUUAUUUGUUUCGUCAAAUUCUUUUUGCACCAAGUGUUAAGACACAUGAACCACCACUACAACCCAUAUCUAGGGAUAUCUUGAGCAUUAUGAUUAUCAAAAAUACUUAUGAUCACUAAAACAUGAGCGAAAAUAUAAAAGGUAAGGAGUUGGUCCUCGAAUCCUACUCCAACUUCUGAGCGUAGCGAGGAGGCUCCUUGUGUCCUGCAUCGGCUGGUAGUUGUAUGGAGGGUUCAUCAGUUGUCACCAUGAAGAG